AAUGUCAAAUGUGUCAUAACCAUGCUCUUUGCUAUGCAAUUUUAAAUUAUUUUUUGCAAUUUCCUUUGACCGUAAUUUAAAAAUGUUUGUUCGUUCGAGAUGUUUUAAUCUUUUAAAUAACGCUUUUAAAGUACAUAGGCGAUUAUACAUAACAGUCACAUCGAAACAUAAAUAUGUACAGGCAGCAAAUCUUAAUUCACCAAAAGUAGUGUCCUUCUCUGAUGAAAAGAAAUUGGAUGAAACCUCAAAAUUGCCACUGUCAAGCUUUCUUGCGAAAAAUGAGGAGGAAACGCAACGUUCACGUGAAGCAUCCUGGCGUACGAUGAAGUACACUUUUAUUAUUUUUGGAGGAUCAAUGUCGGCACUGGCCCUAUAUAUCUUAUUUGAAUUAGGAAAAGCUCCGACCGACGAGUAUGGCCAUCCCGUCAUGGAUGAGUAUAGUCACAUGCCCACCGUAAAACAAUACCUAUAUAGAACAAUAAGUAAACUCGAUUACUAUAACAAACUUAUUAAAGAACCAUCACGUGAAAAAUUGCUUCCUGAUCCAGUUAAAUAUCCGUACUAUCAGCCAACUUAUACAUUAGUUCUUGAAUUAACAGAUGUUUUGGUUCAUCCUGAUUGGACUUAUAAAACAGGAUGGCGUUUUAAGAAACGUCCAGGUAUUGACAAUUUCUUGGAAAGCUUAAGUGGGCUAUACGAGAUUGUGAUAUUCACAGCGGAGCAAGGAAUGACUGUAUUUCCAAUAAUUGAAGCUCUCGAUCCCAAAAAUUUAAUAUCCUACAAGCUGGUGCGUGAUGCUACUCAUUUCGUUGACGGUCAUCAUGUAAAAAAUUUAGAUAAGUUGAAUCGGGAUUUAAGCAAAGUGAUUGUCAUUGAUUGGAAUCCUCAGUCGGUAAAAUUCCAUCCGGAAAAUAUAUUCCACGUACAACGAUGGAUGGGAAAUAACGAGGAUACUACACUAAUAGACUUGACUGCAUUUUUAGAAACUGUUGCACAUUCAGAUGUAUCAGAUGUGCGAGAAGUAUUAAGGUAUUAUAGUGAGUUUGAUGAUCCAUUGACGACAUUUAGGAUCAAACAAAGAGAGUUAGCAGAACUGCAAGAUGCCAAAGCAAAAGUUCAAGAUGUGGAUAGUCCGUUGAAACGUUUAGGACGAGGUUUAUUUGGUAAAAGCUUCUGAAUCUCCCUCAGAUUGCAAAGUGAUGCCUUCAUAAAUAUCCAAAUUUGUGUGAAAAAAUAAAAUGUUUUUAUUAAUCUUAUGGGGUGUGUGGGAAUAGUACCAAGUAAUUGACUGUAUCAGUUUCCCUUGAUUAUGAACAAAUUUUUUAUAACUACAAUUGUACUGCUUGCGUUUGAAGCUAAUUUUGGGUAUUUAGGAAGAUUUGGAUAUAAAGAAAUGUAGCUACAUCUUGCAUUUCAUGUUCCACCUGUAAACACUUGAUCGAAUAAAGUUAUGUUUUUUC